AUGGAAAUCGCUUCAACUUCAGCCAGUCAAGUCUCCACGUGGAAAGUGUAUUUAGAUGGGAAAAAACGAAAAUUCUAUGUGAAUCAUGAAACCAAAGAGACCAGAUGGACCAAGCCUGAAGCUCAGGAAGUGAACAAUAAUCCUCCCAAAAACAUUUCGGACUCGACGAUAGUUUCUCCGUCUCCUAGAAGCAGGUAAUAUCAAAAAUUAGAAAAUAUUUAUCGACAUUGAAAAGUUUUGCAGUUUCAUAACUCCACGUCGGACAAUAACAGUUCGUUCCGAUGGCUGUCCAACGUUGGAUUUGAUUCAAUUUUUCCAAAGAGAAGAGUUCAAGACGGCAUUGUACGAGAAUGAAGAGGCCAUGCGAAUUUACAAUGAGUGCUCUAUAGUCAGGCAUGCUCUUCAUAGGAUUCAGAGGGACUCGGACCCUCCCAGCAAGUAGGUUUGAACUUUUGUUUUCCGUCCACAGAAUGAAGUACUAAGUGCCCGCUCACCCGUUUUCAGAUUCGAGAACCAGCCCCUGUUUGUCCGUUUUGUCAACUCUUUCGCCGACAUCACUCAACCACUCCCGUCCGGAUGGGAGUGCGUGACCAUGAACAACAGGACUGUAUUUCUGAAUCACUCACGGAAAGCUACCAGUUUCUACGAUCCACGCAUUCGGAGAUUCGAGACGAAAGCGUCGAAAAGAGGAAGGAGCAUGCCGUCGAGGAAUUCGAAUUCGGCACAUUCACGGAGCAAAAUUGACCAUUUGUUAAUAAGCAAAUGUGAGGAUUUGAGGAAGAUUGCACAGGACAACUUUCCGCAUAUUGCUGGUGAGCGGGGCAGAAGUGGGAAAAGUCCAGAAGACCUUAAAUUUCCAGAACGAAUAAGCCAGAAACUAAUGUUAAUCGAACGGUUCGGAGGUCUUGCCGUUACUAGUCUGGCCAAUGACAUUGACAUAACAUUGGCAUUGAGCAUGCUGGAAAUGAGCAACGAAAACAGAAGACCACCGUCGACGGAAGGCAGACAGACAUUUUACGAAGCACUGAAAAGAGAGAAACUAGGAAAAGGUCCGGGCAGACUCUGCUGGAAAGUGUCGAGGGAUCGGUUGCUGGAGGAUGCGUUCAGGGUCAUUCUCCACGUCGAUCCGUUUGUGCUCAAGAAGUCCCGAUUGCACAUUCGAUUUGAGGGAGAGCUCGCGUAAGUUUUCUCAUAUAGGAAAUUUGUUUUUCAAAAUUAAGUGCUGCUUAACUUUUGGUGCUGCGUAACUUUCGGGCUGCUUAACUUUUGGUGCUGCAUAACGUUAGUGCUGCAUAACUUUAGGGCUGCUUAACUUCUGGUGCUGCGUAGUGUUAGUGAUGCUUAACUUUUGGUGCUGCGUAACUUUAGGGCUGCUUAACUUCUGGUGCUGCGUAUUUUUAGUGCUGCGUAGUUUUAGUGAUGCUUAACUUUUGGUGCUGCGUAACUUUAGGGCUGCUUAACUUCUGGUGCUGCGUAUUUUUAGUGCUGCGUAGUUUUAGUGAUGCUUAACUUUUGGUGCUACGUAACUUUAGGGCUGCUUAACUUCUGGUGCUGCGUAUUUUUAGUGCUGCGUAGUUUUAGUGAUGCUUAACUUUUGGUGCUACGUAACUUUAGGGCUGCUUAACUUUUGGUGCUGCAUAACGUUAGUGCUUCGUAACUUUUGGUGCUGCUCAAACUCUGGUGCUGCGUAUUUUUAGUGCUGCGUAUUUUUAGUGCUGCGUAGUUUUAGUGAUGCUUAACUUUUGGUGCUGCGUAACUUUAGGGCUGCUUAACUUCUGGUGCUGCGUAUUUUUAGUGCUGCGUAGUUUUAGUGAUGCUUAACUUUUGACGCUGCGUAACUUUUAGAGCUACGUUACUUUUAAACUUUCCCUGUUUCAUUCAGCCUGGACUACGGUGGUUUGUCACGCGAGUUUUUCAUCCUCCUUUCUCGCGAACUUUUCCAUCCUAACAACGGAUAUUUCGAGUACGAGGGCAUCGAAUACCACCUCCAUCUUCGACCAAGAUCUUGCGAAAGUGAAAAGGAGAAAAAGUGGUUAGCUCUGUGCGGAAGAGUUCUAGCUUUGGCAAUCAUUCAUCGAUGUUAUAUUGACGUCUUCUUCACCACCAUCUUCUACAAGUGUCUUCAGAAAAAGUGAGGAUCAAUUUUCUACAAGAUCAAUUUUCUAGAAGUGUUAUUCUUCAGGCACAUUGAGUUAGCAGACUUUGCGCAAAGUGAUGUGGAAUUCCACAAAAGUAUGACGUGGCUUUUGGAGAAUGAUGUUGACGACCUCGACAUGUCAUUUGUGUACAGCAGCAUCAUCGACGGAAAGGUAACAUUUCUGAAUCACCCAAAGCUUCCACGUCAUUUUUUCUUUGAAGCUAACCGAAUUGGAACUGGAACCGGACGGCCAGUCAAAGAAAGUGACGAAUUUGAAUAAAUCGGAUUUUGUUCAGCUGAUGUGUCAGCGGAAGGCCGUCAAGGGGGUCGAAAAGCCGUUGAAGGUCAUGCUGAACUCUUUUCAUCAGGUAACCGUUUGGGAAACCUGGUUGCAAAAUGUCCAGACAAUAAUUUCAGGUGCUCCACGUGGAUCUCAUCAGCCAACUGACCCCGAUAGAGCUCAAAACCAUUUUGAGCGGCUCGCUGGAAUUGGAUCUGAACGACUGGAGGACUAACACCGCUUACAAGGUCAAAAGAACAAAUAUUAUCCCUUUCUUCUUCUUUUUUCUCUCUUCUUUUCCGUCGUUUCCUUUUCAAAGUUCACUUUUAGGGCGGCUACUCAGACUGUCACAUCGUCAUUGAAUGGUUCUGGGAAGUGAUAGAGACAAUGACGAACCAGGAGAGAUUCGAUCUUUUGCUGGUCAGUGAUAAGAAGAGAUCUUCGAAAGCCAUUCACUAUCUUCUAUCAUCACAAAAUCAAGUAUUUUGCAGUUUGUCACCGGCAGUUCCUCAGUGCCCUUCGAGGGAUUCUCCGCACUUCGUGGCAACGAUGAAAUCUCCAAAUUUUGUGUCGAAAAGUGGGGAGAAGCAGAUUCGCUGCCACGUGCUCACACGUGUUUCAACCGUCUCCAACUGCCCUCCUACAAUACGAAGCAGAAUUUGAAGCUGAAAUUGCAGCAAGCAAUUGCCAACGGGAUGAGCUAUUCAAUUGAAUGAUUGUGGCCACACAGAAUCUUGAUAUUUGUCUUUUUGUGACGUGGUUAAUGUCCCACGACCUUCUUCUUCUUCUACUUUUUCUCCGCCUCAAUCACUGGCUACAACGCCUUGAUUUGCUUACGUUUUAAUGAAAUGAUACGAAAACAAUGAAUGAAUUUGACCUUCAACCUUCAUUUCUUUUCUUUCUUUGUCAACUGGGGGCUGGGUUUUCAGCAGAAGAAGUCAGUCACCACGCAUCGAAUCAGAGACUUCUCCAUUCAUUCUUUCAUUCACAAACAGCUUUUCGCUCUCUCUCUCUCUCUCCUUCUCUCUCUCUCUCUCUCUCUCUCUCUCUCUCUCUCUCUCUGUCUUCUUCCCCAACGUUAACCCCUCCAACUGGUUUCUUUUCCUCUGUUUUUCCACUCACGAUUUUUCUCGUAAAAUGAACUCUCGCGUUAUCAGCGAAUGCCACCAGUUUGACACUGUGUUUGACACACUCCGAGUGUUUUGUUGAUUAUUGCUCAACGGAGCUUCUGGCACCGAACGAACGAUCCGGUUUUCCACGCACUUCACCCCUUUCCGCGCGCACGUCAAAAAAGUGCGUGUUUGUGCUCGGGCUCCCGCUCCUCCUCUCCUCAUUUUCAUUGUCUCCGCGCCCCUUUGCCCCCGGUGUCACCUUUCGCCGUCAUUUCUUGUCCGUCCUCCUCAAAAUUGUCUAUCGUCUUCGUCGGCGUCGUCGUCGUCGCCGUGCGUAACCCGUUCUCUUUCCCUACUAAUCAUUGUCCUCCCUCCUCUUUCUCUGACGCAUCAUUGAUUUCCUAAAUCUUUAUCCAUAUCGUACCUUUCCUAGUUGCUUUUUCCUGAAAAACGAUUGCGAAAUUCGCAAAUUAGGAGUCACAAAUUCGAUUAUCCAAUCUUCGAAUGCCUUGGAAUUCACGGCGAAGUCACGCAAGAAUGUUUGGCCAGCGGUGAGAUUCGAACCCGCGAACUUUUGAGUGAGAGGCUUAAUCCACUAGUGCCGGACGCUAGUGAUAAUGCUGUGUGCUCCCAUGGCUUAGAGGGGAAUAGAAUUCAAAAAGUGAUUUCGAACUUUUGAAGAUCCAGCCUAUCGAAGUUAAGCACCACCAAAGUUAGGCAGCACUAAAAGCUAAGCAGCACCAAAGUUAGGCAGCACUAAAAGCUAAGCAGCACCAAAGUUACGCAGCACUAAAAGCUAAGCAGCACCAAAGUUACGCAGCACUAAAAGCUAGCAGAACCAAAGCUACGCAGCACUAAAAGCUAAGCAGCACCAAAGUUACGCAGCACUAAAAGCUAGCAGAACCAAAGUUACCAGCACUAAACGCUAAGCAGCACUAAAGUUAAGCAGCACUAAACGCUAAGCAGCACCAAAGUUACGCAGCACUAAAAGCUAAGCAGCACCAAAGUUACGCAGCACUAAUAGCUAAGCAGCACCAAAGUUAGGCAGCACUAAAAGCUAAGCAGCACUAAAGUUAAGCAGCACUAAAAGCUAAGCAGCACCAAAGUUACGCAGCACUAAAAGCUAAGCAGCACCAAAGUUACGCAGCACUAAAAGCUAAGCAGCAUCAAAGUUACCAGCACUAAACGCCACCAGAUAGGAUUUCAGCAAAAUCCUAUCUUCCAAGCACCACCCAAAAUUCGCAGCUGAUCACAAUUUAGACAGUCACAACUAUCAAAAAUAUGUUUUUCGUUAUUAGUCGUCAACAAUUUUGCAAAACACAACCAGAAUGUUCGGGACGAGAUUGUCGCAAUCACCGCUUCGUUCCAGAACACAAAUUGCAGCAGAAAUGUUGUUGGCAAAGCGAAAAGCGGAGAGAGGAGGACCUUGAGAUUUGUGUAACACUUUUGGAAUGAAUAAACAGUGUCGCCACUUCACUUCUCCGUCGGUUUCGCCCCCUUUUAAGACAAUGCUUACUUUCGGUCGAACCAAAAGUCAAGAAUUUUCCCAUCUGAACUUCAGUGACACACAAAUUUUAUAGGAAUUCGUCCAAAGACAUUUACGACCUCAUUUCACUCACUUUAUUUCUGUUUCCAACAUGUAGAACAGACAAACAUUUUCUGUAUUCCGUUGUCCCGGACACGUAACAAUUUCGAAAUUCAUUUUAGUACUCAUCAUUCUGAAUGUCACGAAUAUAGUUUGUGAUUGGUCGCUUCAGUCUAUUUAGACAAAAGUUUCGGCAAAAAUGUUCAAUUCAGUUUCAAAAGUUAAUUUAAAAUCAGGAAAGACUGUUUAGCAUGUUCUGGCAGCGAUACAAACUUAUUUGUGGACUAUUGUACCAUUUUUUGGGUCACAGUACUCAAGUUGCCCUAAAUUCAGUUCUCAGUGCAAAUAAACUUCAAUUCAAAGACCCAAAUAGACGCCCCUCUCGUCCAGUUUCACAGCUCAACUCGUCGUACUUGCACUUUUCCCAUUUUAGGAAUGCGUGGGAGGGUGUCUGAAAGAGUAUUAUUGUUUUCACUCGGACGCCUCUUCGAUUGGCACACUCCAUACACACACUUGCAAUGAUAAUUGUUAACUGACCGAUCAAUGAUAACUGAUAAUUGUGAGAGAGUUUGCCGAGUCUCUCUCUCUCUCUCUCUCUCUCUCUCUCUUUCUUCAGCAGCAACAUGUGUUUUUAGCGGGAAGGAAAUGGAGGAAGGAAAAGAGAGAGAGAGAGAGAGAGAGAGAGAGAGAGAGAGAGAGAGAGAAUAACACCUCUCCAGUGGUCGACUUCCGAUUCAGAUUCUCAUGAUCUUUCAGGAAGAUCCCUUUCUCGGUCCUUUUUCUCAUUUUUUUUGUCCUUGGAAACAAAAAUGUACCAUCAGAAUUUGAAAACUUUCCCUUUUUAUCAAGUGUGACAGGUGCUUCUUGGUUCCUCCAUCCUCAUUCCUUUGCGGUGAGAUAAAAGAAAAUUGUGACGUAGUUCAUUGUAAAAUAAAACAAAAUAAAAUAAAUCUUUCGAUUUUAUUACAAAAGUCAUUCUUUCCGUCAAAUUACACGAGAUCCCGGCCGCAUGACUCCUUUCUUUUCCUUUCCGAUCUCUUUGGACGUUCUGCGCACCUCUUUCGCAACUACCGUAAUCCAAAGAGUCUCUAGAAGCCGGCGCCUCCUUUUAUACUCUUUUUUCCGUUGACCGGUGAACUGCCAACUCAGCGCCCACGCUUUUCCAUUCCAAUCACUUCCUCAUUUCAAAACUCGAAGAUUUUACACUCAUUAUGUUAUCAGUAACUUCCACGCCUACACUUUCCGGCGGCUUCUUCUUCUCCGACACUCGGUGAUCUUUAGCGCACAUUGUGCUCCUUUCGUGGUUGAAACUUUUGAUCGCGCUAAAAUUUCCAAGAGGUUUUAUCUUAUCAACCGCCGUUAUCACUAUAAAAUAAGUGCCUCAAUUCGAGGAAACUUGAGAUUGACUUCUCGAACUUUCAUUCCACUGAUUACGGACGGGUUUAGUGACGUGCUGCCACUUUUUUGGGUUACUGUAGUGACAGAAAUCGCAUUCUUAUCUAAUAGGAAACAACAUUGUGCUCCAACCAUUUUGAACUUUUUCCAUGCCAACACUACCGCAACUACAGUAUCCCUGGGGGUCAUGUAAUGAGGAAAAAGUCACGUGGUCGCGUCUAUUUCCAUGCACAUUUCCGUAGGAUUCUGCUGAAAUGUGACCCCUUGGCUUCUGCAAAACGUCUCCGACGAUCUCAUGUCGUGCGAGGCCUUCUCAAAUGACUCAUAAAGUUAGGCAAGACGCAGAAAACGACGUUAAUGAUAUAGUCUCUUUCCUUAUACGCUAAUGUGAAUGUUAUUCCCAUUCCUGCCUCUUCCUCUUCUUCUUCCUCUUCUUCUUCUUCUUCUUCUUCGUCCUGUUUCAGCUUCUUCUCUCCUUUCUCUCUCUUGUGACGUAAUUCAACUUUGACCUCUUCUUCUUCUUCGGCUUCUCCUUCCUUUUUCUUUGAUCAUCACGAUUCCAAUGAUGAAUGUGUAAUACGAAGAUGGUGUUGGUGACUUGUUGAAAAAGAAGAAGACGUCGGCAGUCAUUGUCAAAGAAUGUGUGAUUCGCCAAAGUUUCGUUCUGGUACUUUCGAGAAUGUUCUUGGAACUUGUCGGAACAAUAAGAAAGUCCUAUUGUGUUGUGUGGCAACUACAGUACCUGUGGAACCAUGAUCUAGAUUACAAAAAGCACGGGAAGCUCCUGCUGAUCUUCGAGACAAUUAUUGUUAAAAGUUAGGAUAAAUCUCUAAAAAUCGUCAAAGCGUUCUUCUCUGAACUUCAAACUUGUUUUCCCAUUUCCCCCGGCGUCCCAAAAGUGUUUGCCCGAGCGAUUGAAACUCCUCACACCCGCUCCGUCUGGUUUUUGUUUUACUUUCUGCCCUCCUACUCCUCCUCCUCCUUCAUUCGUCCUUAAAGUUUUCAGUUCUCCAGGAGGGCUACCAGUUACAAAUUCAAAUGUUUUCCACCUUUAUCUAGAAUUAUGAGACCUCAGAAGAUCAGCAAAGGCACGUGCCCCACCAGCAGACUAAAAAGAUAUAAAUCUUUGCUGCUGUGUACCUGUGUACCCACCCGACGGCCGCACGUCUUCUUUGGAGAAUAGGACUUCAUCGGAAAACAAAUCGUCGAUCAACUUUUUUUCCCGUCCAUAUUCGGUUCUAUGUCAUUUCCGUACUUCUUAUCUCCCUCAAUUUUUGUACUCAUUUUGUCACACCGCCCCCGCGGUACUCGGUACACAAACAUCCUAAAUUUAGCUCAAGAUUACGCGACAGCCGAGUGGAAGUUCGUCCCCGGACGCCUCCGGAGCCACCACACCAAUGACGUUGCCGGUGUUGGCGAAGAAAAUGAAAAAACUGGCGUCUCUUCAGUUUUUCAACCUCAAAUUGUUGCUCAACGGAGAGUCGAGCCGUGGUUUCUCAAAGUUCAAAAAGAAUUACAAACUGAAGGCCGAACUGGGAAGAGGGGGCUUCGGAGUGGUUUACCGCGCCGUCCGCACUUGUGAUGACACUUUGGUGGCCGUGAAAUUCAUCGAGAGAAGCAAUGUGAAAGAGUGGGCGAGAGUAAGUAGUGUUGGCUCUCGCUAUCUGAUCCUCACUCACUCAUUUCCAGAUCAACGGAGAGCAGGUUCCGAUGGAGAUCUGUAUGCUGGCCAAGUGCUCCAAGAUCCGCGGAGUCAUCCGGCUCCUCGACUGGUACAGUAUCCCCGAAGGCUUUCUGAUUGUGAUGGAACGACCGUAUCCCUGCAUUGACAUGUUCGAUUUCAUCAAGGGACAGGGCAAGAUCAACGAGGAGAUGGCUCGGUUCUUGUUCAGACAAAUUGCGAUCACAGUUCACGAGUGUCUCCAGAAUCGCGUCUUGCACAGAGAUCUUAAGGUGAGCAAGACAACCACUGCUUUCAUCCAUAACCUUUUUAGGAUGAGAACGUAGUCAUUGACCUGGUCACCGGAUCCACGAAACUCAUAGACUUUGGCGCGGCGACGGUCCUCCGCAGAAGCCAGUACGCGGACUUCCAAGGGACGCGCCUCUACUGUCCUCCGGAAUGGUUCCUUCAUUCUCUCUACCUCGGACGAGAAGCCGCCGUCUGGUCGUUGGGCGUACUUUUGUACAAUUCGCUCAACGGCCGACUGCCAUUCCGCAACGAGAAGGACAUCUGCACCGCGCAUCUCCUCGGCCCGCUGCCCUUCUUUGUGCCCGUCAGCACCGAAGUGAAGGAUCUGAUCAGCCGCUGUUUGACUUUUGAUCCUUUCCAACGCUGUUCGCUCGAAGCCGUCCUCAACCAUCCGUGGGUGAAGCAGAGGUCGCCGAGUUGGGAGCAGUUGACCAAAAACUCGGGGAAGGUGCAGAAGAAGUCGGAGAGUUCCGAGCAUCACAGUGAAGUUCUGGGUGAGCGUUCCGAAGAUGAUCAUCUGAAUAUGGAACGGCAUCCGUCCACGACUCUCCAACAACCCGGAUCCGCUGAUGAAGGUGUUGGUUCUUCUGGUUCUGCGCUAACUUCCGCAUCCACGUCAGCACACCCGUCGCAAAAGGUAUUGUCGUCUAGCCUCCCCACACCAUAUCCAGCCAUUUUCAGACCAAAAAAGCACCAAGAAUGUCGAAAACAUCGCUCCUGGCGGCGCCCACUUCGAUCGAGAUGAAGGCGGCAGUGCAGGCGUCGAAAACGCCGACGCAGUUCAACGUGCACAGUGUUCUGAAGAGUCAAAGACAGCUCCUCAAAAAGCAGCAUCACAACCAUCACCACGUGGCACCCAACUCGACAGUCUUGACAGCUUUGCGGCGAGCAAUGUCGCGAGAGGCUCAAAAUCGCAUUAGCGGAGUUUCUCAGGACUAG